AUGGCAGCGACCAAAAACGAAGUCCCCAAAUCCUCAGCAUGGCUGCUGGAGAAAGCCCAAAAUGCUGCGAAGGCGUCUGGUACUGGACCAGAAGCCGUCGCCAGGAUCCUACAAAAGACGAAGGAGCAGAAGGAAGCGAACAACGAGGAGCACCAGAAAAGGAUGAGCCUUCUGAGCAAGAAGAUGACGGAGUUGGGAGCAAAGCAUCAAAUGAACCCGUUCAAGAAUGCGGAGCAACCUGUCGCGGCGGACACCAUCGCGGUCACGCCCAAGGUCAUCAAGCCAGCGCAGCAGGGUUUAAAGCGUAAGCUUCCAACAUCUCCCGGUGCGAAGCCUGUCAAUCCGCCGGCUAAGAAGACGAAGGUCCAAGAGAAUCUCCAGCCUCGAGUUCAAGACAAGUCCAAGGCGAAGGAGGCCGUCUCCCAGAAGCCAAAAGACGACACCUUUGAAAAAGCAAAAGAGGAUAUGACGGAGCCGAGCAAGUCGAAGGUCCAAGUUCAGAUUCAAAAGAAGCCGCAGCCGAACGCCGGUAUGCCUAAAAAGCUUAAAGUAAAUACAAAGGAGCUGGGCAAGGCGCCGUCUAAGUCUGCGACUCCAACCCCGACACAGAAGAAGCCACAGGAGAAGGAGACGAACGAGCAGAUCGAUGUUCAGAGCUUGUGGACGAUGAGGAAGCAGAGGGAGCCUCUUAAGGACUCGCCAAAGAGUGCGACGUUUGCAGAAUCAGCGACUGCAGGCGCUUCACGGGAGCGGUCGGCUGCUACAUCUUCAAGGGCCGCAACGCCAGCAACACCGGCAACGCCAACAAACGCAUCAGAAUCAGAGAUCGUGCCAUCAAACGACCUCUUCGUCUCAGACGAUCCAGACGACAAGUAUCCCAUUGCAAAAUCCCUCCCAACAUGGUACACCUCCAUCACCAUCAAAGACCCGCGCAUGGAAGCCAUGACCAAAAAACGUCCCCUCGCCCUCGUAACCCUCCAAGCCCUCAAAGCGGCCUUGACAGAUUGUGAGAAGCCAGGAAAAUCCCAGAUCGAACUCGAAGCCCUCUACGACAAGAUCCGCGAUUUCAUUCACAAAGCCGAAAUCGACCUGCAAGUCAACACCGUACUACUCCGCAAAGCCAUGACCCUAAGCCCCGACUACGGUCUACCCCGCAUCUUCAAACCAGGCACGAAGUUCCCGUGGGAUCUAAAGGCGGAUGCGUAUCAACUGUACAAGCGCUGGUACAAAGGCGAUUUGAAUCAAGAUAUACUGCGCGGUAUUGCGCCGCAUAAAGGGGAUAACAGGACGAGUGAUCGCCUGGAUGAGACGUACCGUGCUCAGUUUCCUACGACCGCAAAGUACUAUGGCGAGGGGGAGUUGGUGCUUGGUCAGUGGUGGCCAACGCAGCUUUGCACAGUGCGCGACGGGGCGCAUGGAUCAGCCCAAGGCGGUAUCUACGGUGAGCGCGACAAAGGCGCUUACUCCAUCGUGCUCUCCGGCGGAAACCCAUACCACGACGUCGACAACGGAGACACCAUCGAAUACUCUGGCACCGAAGGACGCAAUGGCACGCCUACGGAGAAUACCGCCCAUCUGAUCAAAUCGGCCGAGUUACUCAACCCCAUCCGCGUCAUUCGCUCUGCGCAACUGAAUAAAAAGAACCCUUUCCGACCGGAGUUGGGGCUGAGGUACGAUGGGCUUUAUGUGGUCAGGGGGUAUACGUGUGUGGAUAGGGAGAAAGCGAUGUAUCGGUUUCGGCUCGAGAGGUGUGAGGGGCAGGAGGGGAUUCGCUGGCAGGGGAAGGCGAAGAGGCCGACGGAGUAUGAGUGUAGGGAGUUUAGGCGGUUGAAGGAUAAGGGUGUUGGGGUUGGUUGGUAG